AUGGAGUGCAUGCGGAGUCUGCAGCAGCAGCAGCAGCAGCAGCUGUUGCUGCCUGCUGAAAUCGAUGCUGACCGCCUUCAGGCUGCAGCAGCAGCUGCUGUUCCUGCAGUAGCAGCAGGAACAACAACAGCAGCACCAACAGCAGCAGCAGGAGCACCCUCCUCCGCAGCAGGCGGGGCGCCGCCGACUGCCGCAGCGCGCGUGCUGGCUGCGGCCCCUGCAGCAGCAACAGCAGCAGCAACAGCAGCAGCAGCAACAGCAGCAGCAACAACAACAGCAGCAGCGGCUACCGGAGCAACAGCAACAGGAGCAGCAGUAACAGGACCAUCAGCAGCAGGAGAAGCAGUAUCAGGACCAUCCACGAGAGGCACCGAAGCAGCAGCAGCAGCAGCAGCAGCAGCAGAUGCAUGCCGACCUAUGGGUAGAUUUAUAUGCCGACAGCAGCAUUUAUCUUUGGCCGAAGCAGCACCAGUGCUAAUGCACGAUGUGCAGCAGCUAAGAAGAUCUGCUGCUGCUCCUUGUCUCUUUAAAGGCUCACCUCUAGGCUGGGAAGUCUUUGUAGGUCUUACUUCUUCUUCACCUGAAAGGAGAUGGUCUUUAGAGACAGUGCUGCAGCAUGAGUGGGUAGGGAGACAGUUGCUGCUGCUACCUGCUGCUGCUUACCCUCUCCUGUGGCACCCCAGAGUUAGGGCUUUGAUGGCUGAGUUAUCAGCAGCAAAACGAAUUGUCUCCUUGCAGCACUCUGCCUCCACCAGCAGCAACAGCAACAGCAACAGCAACAGCAACAGCAGCAACAGCAGCAGCAGUGCAGCGGGAGAUAUCAAUACACAUACCCUAGCAUUGGUCGCGCAGCAAAGAAGGGCGAGGAGACAGCAGCAGCUCUAUCAUCAGCAGCAGCUGAUGAAGCAUCAAAGACGCAUGCAUAUGCAGCAGCAAGCCCUUAGACAAUAUCAUCAAAGACGUAUGCAUGCACAGGCUAAUGCUGCUGCAGCAGCUGCUGCUGUUGCUGCUGCUGCAGCAAAACGUACAACUCCUCCUGGUGCUGCAACGCCACCAACAGGAACUGCAGCAACUGCAGCAGGAGCCUUAACUGUAAAUCCAGCCGCUGCACCUCUGCCGGCGAUGAACAAGGCAUCAGCAGCAGCAGCAGCAAAUGCAGCAGCAAAUGCAGCAGCGCUGCUGCCGGUAGCAGCAGGAGUAACAGUACCAGCAGCAGCGGCGGCCUCACCUGCAUCCCCCAUCGACCCAGCAGUCGCAGCAGCAGCAGCAGCUGCUGCUGCUGCUACGAGCGAGACAGGGAAGGGGCCCUCUAACAGCAGCAAACAGCAGCAGCAAGUAGUUCGGAGGGGUAUAUCUGAAGUAAGUGCUUGCUCUACUGCAGAGUCUGUACACUUCACUGCCUUUAAGCUGAUGGGGCAGCACCAGGCAGCACUGCAGCAGCAGCGACAGCAGCUGCGCCAAUUGCAGCAGCUGCAACAGCAGCAGAAACAACAACAACAACAACAACAACAACAGCAGCAGCAGCAACAGCAGCAACCGAACUUUGCUGCGCAGCCACAAGGCACAACUCGAACAGCCCCCUUUAAUCUGCGGCUGCAGCAGCUUCCCUAUGCUGCUGCUGCUCCUCUCAACGGAGAAGCGUCCAGCCAAAUGUCUUGGCAGCAGCGCGAGCAGCAGCAGCAGCAGCAGCAGUUGUUGCUGCUGCAGCAGCAGGAAGCCUUUAGGCAGCAACAGCAAACUCAUUGUAGACAAAGCCCUUUCCGCUGCGCCAUCCAGAGACGGCGUUCUCUCGCGUCUCCACGACCGAAAGGAGACAGAGAAGUGCCUUUUGCAAGCCUUUCAAAGCAGCAGCAGCAGCAGCAGCAGCAGCAGCAAGAGCAGCAGCAGCAGCAGCAGGUCCAGGAGACUCCUGAACGAGGGCCCCCAGGGUCCGCUGCAGGCCUCUUUUGGUCUUAUGACGCGUUUGAACCAACUGGCAGGAGACAGCAGCUGCAGCCGGUGCAGCAGCAGCAGCAGCAGCAACAGCAGCAGCAGCAGCAGCAGCAUCACAGGGCGGGCUCUCUAGAAGAAUGCCCUCGACAGCGGAAUGUCUCUGGCGUGUCUCCUCAAUCUUUAAGCAUGCAUUCAAAAGGGACAGCAGCUGCAGCAACCCAGCAGCAGCAGAGGCGUGGAGCUCAGCAGCAGAUGCUGCCCCUGAUGCAGCAAGAGCAGCAACAGCAGCAGCAGCACCGCAUAGUCGCAGCCACAGGAAGCAGCAGUAGCUCAGGCCAGCGCGAAGAGCACCGCAACAGCAAACGGGACAUCUCCCGAGACACAGAAGCACCUGAAGCAGCAGCAGCAGCAACAGCAGCAGCAGCAGCAGCAGCAGAGCCAGAGCAGAUGUCUCCUGCUGCUGCUUGCGUUCGUUGGAUUCGCUCGGGUUUAAACGCAGUGGCGGCCCUGGCGACUCCUCGGCUGGUGCAGCGCCCGCCAGAAGCUGAAGAACAGCAGCAGCAGCAGCAGCAGCAGGAAGAGUCAGCAGGCUACAGGAGAGAUAGAGACAGCGGCGCCUCUCGGGCGGGAGUCGCCGGUGCUGCUGCAGCGAUGCCGGGGGGUUUAGUGCUGCAAGACAGCGCGGGAGAGAGCAGAGACACCCGAAGCAGCAGCAGCAGCAGCAGUGCUGCUGCUGCUGCUGCUCCAGGCGUGGGCAGCAGGCGCUGCCUGCGUGUGGGGCUGAGGGGGACGGCUCCCCGCAGCAGAGACCCAGUUUCAUCAGGAGAUGCUGCAGCAGCAGGAACAGCAGCAGCAGCAGCACCACCGAAAGCAACAGCAACAGCAGCAACAACAUCAGCGACAACAACAACAGCAACAACAGAAGCAACAGCAGCAACAAGAGAAACGAAGCAGCAAGCUGGCGUUGUCCCUGCAGAGGCUCGAGGCGUUGAAGGAGACAACAACUACUGCCAAGGAGCUUCUUCUUCACCACGAGGAGACAGAGACAAAGAAGGAGACAGAGACAAAGAUAGAGACGCCGAGAAGAAGAGAGACAGAGACAGUGAUAGAGGCAGAAGCACCUCGCGCUGCAGCAGCACGGGCAGGAGAAACAGAAAAGACGGCAGCAGCAGCAGCAGCAGCAGCAGCAGUAGCAGCAGCAGCAGCAGCAGCAGCAAGAGAGGGCCUGAAACCAAAGAAGGGGCUCUACAAUGCAGCAGCAACGGCACAGAGUCGUUCGCCUCUCCGCUCCACGAUGGCGGGCACCCGAAGCAGCAGCAGCAGCAGCAGCAGUAUGUGCAGCAGCAGCAGCAGCAAUAUGUGCAGCAGCAGCAGAAGCAGCAGUACUGUUUGCAGCAGCAGAUGCCUGUAGUACCGCCUCUAUACCUUGGAGAACUUCCUCUGCACAGCUACAGCCCCAGUUGGUGCGCGACGGAGAGACACUGCAGCAACUUCAGCAGCAGCAGCAGCAACAGCAGUAACAGCAGCAACAGCAUGCGCCAUGCAGAGACAAUGCACUCUGCAGCUCAGCUGUCUCUUGACUCCCCGGAGCCGAGCGAAGUGUCUCCUGUAGAAACUUGUGGUAAAGGCAGCAGCAGCAACAGUCCCCCGGCUCCGCAAGAGAGCAGCAGCAGCAGCAGCAGCAGCAAACCCAGCAGCAGCAGCAGCAGCAGCAACAGCAGCUGCAACGGCAACAGUAACAGCGUCGGUCAGAACAGAACUGUGCCUGCAGCAUCGCCAGCCAGUAGCAGCCACAGCAGCAGCGCUGACAGCAGCAGCAGCAGCAACAACAACAGUAGCAAGGAUCAGGCGCCGCGGCAGAGACUCUACGCUGCAGAAAUCUUCUGUACUCCUCGUCGUCCUCACCCAAGAGAUAUGCUGCAGUUCGUCCCCUUUGCUGCUGCUGCUCCCUUGUGCAGCAGCAGCAGCAACAGCAGCAACAGCAGCAGCGCUGCCGGAACUGCAGCACCAGCAGCAGCAGCAGCAGCUAGUUCGAGAGAGACAGGAGGUAGUAGUGUCUCCGCAGCAACAGCUGAUUGCAAACAUCAGCCGCUGCAGCGGACCAGCAUCAGUGAUAUUUUGCUGCUGGCGCAGCAGCAGGAGCUCGAGAGACAGCAGAGACACCUGCAGCAGCAGCACAGGGAGCUGCAGCUGCAGCAACUCGAAAUUGAAUUCAAAAGAAGGCAGCGGGAAAAGCAGCAGCAAGAGCUGCAGAUGCUGCAGCUGCAACUCCACCAAAAGCGUGCAGUUCGGUUGAUGCAGCAGCAACAGCAACAACAGCUCCAGGAGCAGCAGCAGCAGCAGCACAGAGCUUCGUCGGUGCUGAAACAGCCGCGAGCUCAUGCGGUCGAGCAGCAGCGCCAUCAGCAGCUGCUGCAGCAGCAGCAGCAGCUGCCAGUGCUCAGCAGCAGAUCUCCUCUCGUGCUGCCUCUCGGCCCAUCUAACACCGAAGAACAGGCAGAAGGGGUUGCUGCCCUCACAGCAGCAACAGCAACGUCUGCGGCGUCCCCAGCAGCAGCAGCAGCAACAAGCGUCAGCGGCUACUCCAGCAGCAGCAGCAGCAGCAGCAGCAGCAGCAAAAGCCCCACCGUGCGGGGCGUCGUAAUCCCUCGUCUGCAGCUUGCGCACGUGGUGGCCCCGAACCUUUUGGCUGCGAAUGCAGCAGCCACAGCUCCCCCAACAGCAGCAGCAGCAGCAGCAGCAGAGAACAGCAGGUGCAGCAGUUUCCGAGCCACCGCAGCACCUGCUGCUGCGCCUGCAGCAUUCCUGGGAGGCAGCAGUGCGUCUCCUCCUUGUGCAGAGACACCUCGAGGUGUCUCCUUUAGUCCCUUGGUGUCUCCUCACAACACCUACAGCCUGAGGGCAUACCCGCGGCUAGGAGACACCCUACCCACACAGCAGCAGCAGCAGCAGGAGCAGCAGCAACAGCAGCAGCAACAGCAGCAGCAGCAGCAGCAGCAGGAGCAGAUGGAAACCCCACUCUCUGCAGCCGCAGCAGCUGUCUCCUUCUUUCAGCGGCUCAUAACGAACCCGCUGCAGCAACUGCAGCAGCUGCAGCAGCGACAGCAGCCACAGAUACCUGCAGCAACAGCAGCAGCACCAGCAGCAGCACAGAUCACCAACUGCCUCAUUGCCGAGCCACCCCACAACGAACAAGUAAGGCAGCAAUCGCGUGAGCAGACCCAAGAUGAGCAUGCGCAGCAGCAGCAGCUGCAGCAGCAGCAGCAGCUGCAGCAGCUGCACCAGUCGCAAAGCUCGUAUGAAACUGCAGCAGCAGCAACAGCAGCAGCAGCUUAG